CCCCCAGUUCCGGUGGUUUUGAAGGACAGACGAAUUCUCCACCAUGUUGAAGAUAAUUCAGAGAAGCACUGCCCCAAAGGGGAUACGUGCUGUGACUGGCACUAUGUUUUCCACAACAUCAAAGGCUGCAUCCACAACCCCUCCAAGUACCACACUUCCAGAAGUUCCAACACGCCACAGUAUGAAAGAGUUGUCUCAGGGUGCAAAAUAUGGCAUGAUUCCUACCAGAGGAAGAUAUGCUACGUUUAUUAUAGGAGAACAGAAACGUGUUUUGCACUGGAAGUGGAACAACCCAGAUGGUUUUAUGCAUGAGUUUGUCGGCAAGGAAUAUAGACUGAUGUACAGUAUGGUAGUACUACUGAUGUUUUUAACAGCAGUUGAAUAUUUCGUUCAAACCUGGAAGAAGACAAAUGCCAUCAAGUACAAUUCAAAAUAGAAUAAAAGAUGGUAGCACUAAUAGUGGAGGAACAAGCUACAUCCAUACUGUUACAGUGUGUCUGAAGUUAUUUUUUAUGGCAAGAGCCAGCAAACAUCUGUAAAAAGAACUGUAUAGUGUAAAUGGGCCUUGCAUUGUUUUGUGUUUCCUGUAUAAUUACAGAAUGUAUUAAAAAGAUUCUGGAAAACAA